UUCAAUAUACCACACCUAGAUAUAUCCGGUCGAACCAAUUUGAUUUAAGCCAGGUAGGCCCUAUAAAAUAUCUUAAUAUGUUAUAACACAGUUGCUUUCAUUGCUGAUUAAUUCAUGAUAUUUCCCUCGAAAGUUAGAAUAAUUUUAGGUAAAUGGCACACAAAUGGAUUGUUCAUUAUUUGUCCCAGACCAUUAUCAACCGGAUCCAAAAUUGCUAAGACUCAAGCCAGAAGGAAAUAAGUUCUUUAGAUAUAAGCCUGGAGGGUCAAAGUUAAGGUCAAUGAAUAAUUCUCCAACCCAAGAGAAAAAUUGACUAGAGGAGAUUUCUACCAAAUAAACGAUAUUUAAGGUCUCAGAGGAAGACAAGUGUUGAGAACCAUCAUCUUCUUAGUAUGAAGAAAGCAAGAAAGGCAAUGAAAAAGAAGAUUCUUGGCAAAAGACUCAAAGCAGUCUUAGGUGAGAAUUCAGACAUACAGCAAGAACCUUUAGCACUCAAAGGAGUUACACCCCAUAACUCAGCCAAAAAUAAGCUAGGAAGCGAAGCUUCAAUGGCCUCUAUAACACCUAUUUGUCCAAAAGUGCAUGUUAUCGAGAAGUUGAAUUAAGGUAAUUCAAUGAAUUAUUUCAGAAAACUCUCCAGAAUAAGAACCAUCAUAAUAGCAUGGCCUAUUUCGACCCGAGGAAAGGAUCGAAAUAAAGACCUGAGCUUGAAUAGCCCCACAGUACCUUUGAUAAAACAAAGGAAUGAGAAAUGAGCACAGAAUAACUCUGUCACUCAGAGUAGGGGAACUUCUCCUAUGAACUUUGAUCCAGUUAUAAAGAACAGUUCUAUAGAUCUAUAUCAUGAGCCCCUGUAUGAGACUAGUCAGCAUCCCAUUGGGAAACUUAACAUUAUCACCUGAGACUCCCUACCUGACAUCGUUGUGAAGAAGGGACUAGGACUUCCAAAGAUAAAAAUUCGAUCAGAUAGGCUCAAUAAGCUCUAUAAACUUAUCGAAGAAAAAGCAAAGGGAGACAAAAUUAUCAAACUUGGAGAACCCAUUUGAAAGCCUCCAAUGUGGAAUUCGAAAGUUAUCGGUAACAAGAUCGCUAAA